AAGAAAAUUUUUAUUUUUUCUAACAGCCGACUACGGAAUAUAUUUUUAUUGAAAAAUUUCUACGCAUUUACUUUAAAUCCACAGAAAACCAGCUCCGAUUCCGGUGAAUCACACUCUUACCGCACCGCACCGCAUCGCACCACAAUGUACCACAAUCAGUACAUCUAUUCGCGUGAACGUCGACGCUUCGGUCGUCAGCCCUUACUCAGCGAUCGCACACAACUCAUGCUCAGCAUACAACCCAGUCAGCGCAUACGCAACUCCUACAUACUGCGCAAUCCGAUGAACAACAGCACACAGCUAAGCGAUCAGAUGGCCUACAGUUGGGUGGAGACCGACAAUGUCACAUACGCCGAGCAUGGCAUGUAUCAUUACGAAGGUGGUUGGCCGCGCGAGGUCAACACAAACGACGAGGAGUCAACAAUGCGCUAUCGCAAAAAGAUUGAACGUGAAGAUAAUUGGGGUGUGCAGGUGAUGCAUUUGAUACACACAUCAAUGGAUGUGACGGCACAAAAUAGUGCCGUUAAUAUUUAUCAAGAAUUCUUCGUCGAUCUACCGGCCGAUAUGGGUAAAGAUAUACGCAUGCCAUUGGAGGCGCGUCAAUGCAAUAUAUUUCAUGAUCCACAAAAACCCGUGCGACCCAUCAUAAUUUUAGAUUGGAUGCCCAGCGAGCGGCGGAAAUUUCUAUCACAACCCACUAAUUUCAGUAAGGAUGAAGCGAAGAUGAAACCGCAAGAGAUAAGUGCUAAGUCGAGUGAGCCCGUUGGUGAUAGUAGCAUUUUGCAAAAUGUGACUGAUGUUUCACGUAGCGAUUCAAAUCCGAACUCAUUCUAUGUGUGGAAUCAGGGUAAUGCGCUGCACCCGGAGGUGGUGUUCGACUCAACGGAGCCAGUGCGUAUUGCGCACUUUUGUCCGAAAGAUGAUAAUUUCAUUGCGGCUGGCCUACAGUCGGGCAUGAUGGGAUUGUGGGAUGCGCGUAAUGGCGGUAAAGCCUUGAAAGUGUCACCGCUCGAGGCAGCACAUCGUGAGGCGGCCGUUGCAUUGUGUUGGGUGCACUCGAAAUCGAAUUCUGAAUUCUAUAGCGGUUCUUAUGAUGGCUCCGUGAAAUACUGGGAUGGUCGUGAUUUGGAGACACCCAUACAGGAAAUUCUGUUAGAUCCGGAUCCAACCGACGAUCAGAAACGUGAGCGCGCACAUGGUGUUACCGUGCUGGAGUUUGAGUACACCAUACCGGUGCGUUAUAUCAUAGCCAGCGAUCAAGGGCACAUAUUUAUUUGCAACCGUAAGGGCAUGUCACCCACUGAGGUCUUAAUCUCCAAUUAUCGUCUCUUUUCGGGACCUGUGCGUACUAUCGAACGUAACCCUUUCUUUGUGAAAAAUUUCCUAAUUGCGGCUGAUUGGUGUGUAAAGAUCUGGGCGGAGGAGUGUAAAGGGGCACCGACAACGCUGCUAAUGAAGAAGAAAAAUGAAAUGUUAUGCGGCACUUGGAGCCCUGCACGCUGCUCGCUCUUUGUCACGGGUGAUUCAAGGGGUGAGGUGGACUUUUGGGACAUUUUAUUGCAUCAGCGAAAGCCAAUCUUUACACUGAAAUUGAAACGACCCAUUAAAUAUGUGAAAUUUCGCCCGGAUGGCAAGUACUUGGCGGUGGCUCUGGAAAAUGGCGAUGUACAACUUUUUGAGCUAGAUCCGGCUUUGCGACAGAGUGCUGCUAAGGACAAAGCUUUAUUAAUGGCGCUAUUCGAACGUGAAUUACUCCGUUCCAAAUUGCUGGAAGGCCGUGUCGAAGAAGUCAAGCUCAAGCGUAAGACAUCUAUGUUUGAAGCUGAACAAGCCAGAAUGCGUGAGGCCGAGUUGGAUUUGCUAGCUGAACUGGAUCCCGAUGAUCCGGAUCAAUUUCUGCAGAUUAUCGAAAACGAUUACGAAUUUAAGGAUAUGCUCAAAUUAUUCAAGGACAGCACAUUCAAUAUCGAUAAGAAGCGACAAGAACGUCAGUUUGUUAUGGAACGUACAGACUUUGAGAAAUCGGAAGGUGAACUGUCGGCAACCGAUUUGGAAGGGCUUACGGCAGAGGAAAUAGCUGCCCUGCAAGCGUCGGGUGGUCUAGCCGGUGCCGUUGGCCAAGGUGUUGAUGCAGCAGCAGCUGCUGGCAAAGACGCUGCAAGUGGCGCGGCUGGCGCUGCUGCUGGUAAAGAGGGUGCCGAGGCAGCCGGUGCGGCUGGCCCUGCUGGUGCUGAUCAAAAGGAAACAGCGACUGGUGAUAAACGAAUAAAAGUGCUGAAACGCAUGGCAGAUAAAGAUAAAUGAUUUGAGACAACGCAAACUAUAUUUUUAGAUAACGUUUUUACAUUCUACACACUUAAAUUAAUACACUCUUAUACAUACACGUUGAUUUAUUAAAAAACGCUGAUUUUUGCAGCCAAAGCAGGUA